AUGACUUGUAACACAUUGAUGAGUUCAGCUAUCUCAGCUUUUCCAUCUCUUCUUUCUUCAUCAAAAUCAAGAUUUGCAACUUCAAUUCCACUUCGUUGUGUUGCUUCUACCAAUGCUUCUAGAUUCACCAUGACUUCUGAUUGGAUGCCUGGUCAGCCUAGACCUUCCUAUCUUGAUGGUUCAGCUCCAGGUGACUUUGGAUUUGAUCCUCUUGGUCUUGGUUCAGUACCAGAGAAUCUUGAGAGAUUCAAAGAGUCUGAACUCAUUCACUGCAGAUGGGCAAUGCUUGCUGUUCCAGGGAUUUUGGUACCAGAGGCAUUGGGGUUAGGGAACUGGGUAAAAGCACAGGAAUGGGCAGCACUUCCUGGAGGACAAGCAACCUACUUAGGAAACCCUGUUCCAUGGGGUACCCUACCCACCAUUUUGGUCAUUGAGUUCCUUUCUAUUGCUUUUGUUGAACACCAAAGAAGUAUGGAGAAAGACCCUGAAAAGAAGAAAUACCCUGGUGGUGCUUUUGAUCCUUUGGGUUACUCUAAAGACCCUAAAAAGUUCCAUGAAUACAAAAUCAAAGAAGUUAAGAAUGGCCGUCUCGCUUUGUUGGCUUUUGUUGGAAUCUGUAUUCAACAAUCAGCAUACCCAGGGACUGGACCUUUGGAAAAUUUGGCAACUCACUUGGCUGAUCCAUGGCACAACAACAUUGGAAAUGUUCUUAUUCCACCACAAUAG